AUGCUAGCACGGUGUUUGCAUGGAAUUGCACCUUCUGCCCUGCGUGUGGACCUUGGAAAGCUGAAUCAUUUCCGUUUGGACUUUGCUGGAUAUUCCGAGCAGUGUCGAGGGGCACUUGUCACUGUAGUACCAGCAAAAGACGCCACUGUGUACGGCACAAUUUGGAAAGUCAACCGCCAAGAAUUGGAUUGCAUUGAUAAAUUAGAAACGUCCGGCGGUCGUGCUUAUCGCGCCCUGGAUCAAUGUGUGGAGCGUGCUAAUGGCAGUAUGAUGCUAUGUCGUAUGCAUCAACAAACCCAAUCGCCCCACAACAACAAUGACCCGCAGAUGCGCUGGAAAACAAUGCCGUCGCUCACGUAUUUGGACACGAUACGCGAAGGGGCGAAAGAAUCAAACCUUCCCGAAGAAUAUGUCAAGUUUUUAUUUAACUUGAGCGAUAAUGGUCGCACCACAUCGCUGGAUAAUAUGCUCUAUAUGGAUGCAGUCCUAAAGAAAGAUACGGCGUGA